AUGCCACGACGUAUCCAAGAUGACGAUGAUGAUGAUGAUGUACAAACGAAUAAAAGACAUGAUGAGAAUUUCUAUGGUGGACGGAAAAAACAGGAAACAGAUUUAGGAGGCGGUAGUAGUGGUAAAUCACUGUGGGAUGCGGCGAGAGAGAUCGUUGCAAGUCGAGAACAAGCUGAAACAUUACCAACAGAAUCAAAUACUGUUCUGUUCGCUGGUAGUCGCAGUGGGGGUAAAUCAACGAUGAUUCUACGUUACUUAGAAAGAACAAGUGAAUCAGCGAAACCGACAAUUGCACUUGAUUACAACUAUGCACGAAAACCGAAAACAGCCGAUACAGUAGGAAAGGAUAUUGGUCAUUUGUGGGAAUUGGGCGAUGGUACAUUUCUUGCCAAAUUGAUCGAUGUUGCUCUGACACCAGAAACUAUUGCAAAUGCAUCCGUAGUACUUGUACUCGACCUCUCUCGGCCGCAAGAGUUAUGGCAUACUUAUGAAACUUUAUAUGAAGCAAUAACCAAACGAGUCAAGUAUUGCAUUAGUGAAGCAUCAAAACAAAAUCCCACUCUAAAAGACAAACUCAAAGAGUCAAUUGUGAAACGAAUUGGUGACGCGAACAGAGAUCUUGUUGAACCUCUUCGUAUUCCGUUGGUAAUUGUCGGAUCAAAAUAUGAUGAAUUUCAAAGUUUUCAGCCGAAUGACAAAAAGACAAUCUAUAAAACACUUCGCUUUCUCGCAUUUUAUCAUGGCGCGACGUUGCUGUCAUACAGUGAAAAAGAUACGGUCUACCUGAAAUCUGUACUAAAUCAUCUUCUAUUCGAUACGAAACUGCCCGAGAAAAAGCCACAAAUAGAUCAUCUCGGACCACUGUAUGUCAAGUCUGGUAGUGAAACUGAGGAACAAAUUGGUGCACCGCCUAUCAAGGAUCUUGAUCUUGACGCGAUGAAUGAAAACUCACCUUUCGCCAUGUGGAGGGCGACGUUUUGCAAACAAUUUCCCCAAGAAGUUGAGAAACGUGAUCCAUCGUUGCUGCAAGAUUACGGGCGUGAUCCUCAAUAUGCUGAUGCUUCGAUUGAUGCAAUGCGAGAACAAAAGCUGGCUGAAUUACAACGUUAUUUAACAAUGAAAACGCGUUCACGUUCAUAA